AUGUAUCACCUGGCCAAAUCGCUGUAUCUCUACGCCACCAGCAAAGAGGGUACGCCGUCGACCGCUGCCGCGCGAUUCGAGUAUUCCGUGCUGCUACUUGGGCUAGAUAAUGCCGGCAAGACGACUCUUCUCUCUCAGAUCAAGGCGCUUUACCAGCCCCGUGCCGAUGGGGCCCCGGCGCCCAACCCCGGCAAAACGGUGCCGACUGUCGGCCAGAAUGUCACAACUGUUUCCUUACCGGACCUGAAUUUGAAAAUCUGGGAUGUCGGAGGACAGAUCUCGAUGCGGGGACUUUGGCAAAGUUACUACAGUAGCUGCCACGCGAUUAUUUUCGUGGUCGACAGUGCCGACGUUGGACAAGACCCAGACAUCACUCGUCUUCCAUCCGCAUCCACACGGCGCACGAGCUCAAUAUCAGGCCCCAGUCGAACGAGGACCGGCAGCGGAGAGACCUUCUCCGAGGAGACAGUUGGAAUAAAUGCUGCCGCCGGCGAGUUUGGGCGAUUGGGCGAAUGCCAAGAGGUCCUUGAAUCAGUUCUUCAAAGUGCGGACGUUGCUGGAGUGCCCAUCCUCGUGUUGGCCAACAAGCAGGACCGCGAGGACUGUGUCGAAGUGGUCCGUAUCAAGGAAGGAUUCGUGCGCAAGGUGUUUGAGGGUGAAACAGGGGGCGGCGUCCGCGACAGCCGCGUGCUGCCGGUCAGCGCGCUGCUCGGAUCUGGGGUACAGGCAGCGGUCGAAUGGGUGCAAAGUCGUGUCAAAUGGAACAAGGAGAGUCGGCCUCCGGUCAUGCGGUGA